AAAAAAUACAUGGAAAAUUCUCUGAUGGGCUAUUCGAUGAAAGGAUGAAUCUUCUCCGCUUCUUUUCUUCUGUAGCAGCCUCUCCUAAAUGAUCACCGCUGUUCCAUCUUCUGCUUCCCAAAUUGGUCAAAAUGUCUUCCAGCAUUUCAUUCAUUAGAUGAAUUGUCACAUUCAAUGCAGUCAUGGAGUCCAAAGAAGAUAAAAGAAAUCCUGGGCAGUCAUCAUCGGAAGAUAAAAAAGCCAAAGAUCAGUCCAAUGAAGAGAAAAAAAGUAAGGAAUCCAACGCAGAGGACAAAAAGCCUAGUGAAAGUCCCACGGAGAACGAGGAAGCCAAAGAAGCUGAUGGCCACGCAGCAACCAUGGUGAAGGAAACGGGAUAUUACGACACUCUGGGAGUGAAACCCAACGCCACCUCCGAUGAAAUUAAGCGUGCCUACCGCAAGUUAGCAUUGAAGUAUCAUCCUGACAAGAACCCCAGCGAGGGCGAGCGGUUUAAGCUCAUUUCCCAGGCUUAUGAGGUCCUGUCGGAUCCGAAGAGGAGAGACCUCUAUGACCAGGGUGGCGAGCAAGCCAUUAAAGAAGGCAGCUUAAGCGGCGGCAAUUUCUCUUCGCCCAUGGACAUCUUCGACAUGUUUUUUGGCGGCGCUGGCCGGAUGAAUCGAGAAAGAAGAGGUAAGAAUGUUGUCCAUCAGUUGAGCAUCACGCUGGAAGACUUGUACAUGGGAGCCACAAGAAAACUAGCCCUUCAGAAGAACGUUAUCUGUGACAAGUGCAAAGGUUAUGGUGGGAAAAAAGGGGCCGUAGAAAAAUGCCCCACCUGCAAAGGGCGAGGCGUUCAGGUGUUGGUCCAGCAGAUCGGACCCGGCAUGGUGCAGCAGAUUCAGACCGUGUGUCCGGACUGCAAAGGUCAAGGGGAACGGAUAAAUCCCAAGGACAGGUGUACCAACUGCAACGGCAACAAGGUGGUUAGAGAGAAAAAAAUUAUCGAAAUUCACAUCGAUAAAGGUAUGAAAGAUGGCCAGAAACUCGUCUUUCACGGAGAAGGCGAUCAGGAACCCGACCUAGAACCGGGAGAUGUCAUUAUCGUCCUGGAUCAAAAAGACCACUCUGUAUUUCAGAGGAGAGGCAACGACUUAGUGAUGAAGAUGAAAAUCCAGCUGACGGAGGCCUUGUGUGGCUUCAAGAAGACCAUUGAGACGCUGGACGACAGGGUCCUUUUAAUCUCCUCCAAACCGGGUAGGCUUGGCACCCUUUUUUUUUUUUUUUGGGUGCGUUUUUGUGUCAGUGGAGAGCUGGAUUUACGGUUUAGACACAGUGUAACGCUGGCUCUUCCAACAGGGGAAGUGAUCAAGCACGGAGACAUCAAAUGCAUCGUAAACGAAGGGAUGCCGAUUUAUAAAUCUCCCUUGGAAAAAGGUUCCUUGAUAAUACAGUUUCUGGUUGCCUUCCCCGAGCAUCACUGGCUUUCCAACGAUCAGCUCCCUCUCUUGGAAGCUCUGCUGCCUCCCCGGGAGGAAGUGAUGGUUUCCGAAGAGAUGGAUCAAGUCGACCUGGUGGAAUUCGACCCCAAAGAACGGACGUACCGAAACCACGGCGAAGCCUACGAAGAGGAUGAGGAAGGCCCGAGGACGGGCGUCCAGUGCCAGACCUCGUGAACCGAGCAGGUUCUGGGCGCCUGGGGACUGUUCGUAAGAACGCGAGGAACCAUCGCCGGGGGCUCCGUUGGCCAAGUUCGGCGCGACAAGAACGGCUGUAUAUUAGUUCUGUUUCAUAUUUAUGUGUUUGUGUUGUAAAAAAAAAAAAAAAGAAGUGGAUCUGUGUAACUUGAAA